ACCCCACCCCCCUCCCCCUCCCUCAGAUGCAGCAGCCGCCCGCCGAGAUGCACCCCGCCGUCGACGCCUCCGCGUCCCCCGCGCCGCAUCCCGACUCCGCGCAGGCCGGCCACCGCCGCCGCCACCGUCCCCGCAUCCAAUCCCUCCCCACCCCCGCCGGAGCCGGGGCUGGCUCCAGAGGUUCUGUAUUUUCUCUGUUAGGCGCGGUGGAUGCGAUGAAGGAGACGCUGUCGAGGUGGGGGAAGACGUGGGGGGAGACAACAAAGAUGGUCGAGCUCAGCCGGGACACGUGGCAGCACUUCAAGACUGGACCUAGUCUUACUGAAGCUGCUAUGGGACGCCUAGCUCAAGGAACUAAAGUUCUAGCAGAAGGAGGCUAUGAAAAAAUAUUUAAGCAGACCUUCGAAGUUCUUCCAGAUGAGCAGCUGAAAAUAUGCUAUGCAUGCUAUCUCUCAACGUCAGCAGGUCCUGUCAUGGGAGUCUUGUACAUUUCUACAGCUAAGAUUGCAUUUUGCAGUGACAAUCCUCUCUCUUAUAAAGCUGGAAACAAAACCGAAUGGAGUUAUUACAAGGUGGUCAUUCCUCUUCACCAGCUAAGAGCAGCUAAUCCUUCAGUGAGCAAAAUGAAUCCGGCUGAGAAGUAUAUUCAGGUCGUCUCCGUUGAAGGCCACGAGUUCUGGUUCAUGGGUUUUCUGAUGUACGACAAAGCAGCUGCCAGUCUUCAAGAAGCCCUGGCUAGUGCUCGUGAGUUGCAACCGUAAAGACAUCAAAUAGAAGUUUUCAGAUACAUCUGCACAACAUCAUUGGGGCAUCUCCAGUUUGGAACCAGAUUCCUUGGCUUCUGAGUGUCUCCUGUUUCAAAUCCUCUGUGCUGGAGCUUUUGACACGAUACACUCACUAGCUUGCAUGUGUCGGAAAUGUUUGUUAUUCCUGCCUGUGUUGUAAUCAAGAGAUAUAUACGGGGAAAACACUGCCGCUGUCCAUUUUGAAUGCUUUAGUUACCAACAUUGAAAUGUGACAGUAUUGGAUGUUUGUUGAGAACUCGAAUAUCAAGGGCCUAGGAAGUUGAACGGAACCGGAGGUCAAAGGAAAACAGCUACUGAUGCUUUUUCA